AUGAGCACAAACAGCAGCCACCCAGUUGCCCAGCUGGGCCUCACCUGUCCAGAUGGGGGAAACUUCCACAUCUGCAGCAACAGUGAGAUUCGCUUCGUUGGCUGUUGCGAUACCGACCCUUGUGCUGACGGCUCCGGAUCAUGCCCAAGCUCCAAUCUCCGGCGCGCAGCUUUCGACGUAGCGCACUACAGCGAGAUCCCCAGCCAGGCUUGCGCGAAUGGAACGAGUAACCAAGAAGCGCACUGGUAUACGUGCACCGCGGGCCCCUUCAUGGGUUGCUGUGCUCAGAAUCCAUGCAACAACGGUGGAAAGUGCGCUGCGAGCAGCUUGAUCCCAGCAAGGCUAUCUGACAACGGUGACAGUGCCGCGGUGUUUCUGGCUCAGCCGGAGACGGAGACCGCUCAGACCACGCAGACUCCUGAACCUACAGCCGAUCCUACAAGUGCAUUUGCAAGUCCAUCUGCAACUCAGACAGGCCAAGAGCCAGGUCUGCCACCACCAGGAGUAGAGGAAAAUAGAGCACCAGUUUCACAAAUCGUAGGUGGUACGGUUGGAGGUGCCGCGGCGGCGAUCCUAAUUGCCUGCUUCCUGUUCCUUUAUAUCCGACGACGACGUGCAGCGGCACUUGAUGGAGAUGGUGAUAGUGAAAGUGUAAAACCGCCAACGAUGACUAACGAGCGAGUAUCCGCGACACGACCACCGUGGAGUCCAUACAAAGAUACGUCCGCAAAUAGUCCCAACCCAACACAAGGCACGACAUCGCCAGUAAUGCAGAGCCCCUUAAUCGCAAACGACGGGAGGAUCUCGGCAGUAUCCCAUCCAAGCAGCCAGGGCCCGGCAUGGGAUAGCCAGCACGGCUCCUAUGUAAUGACAGGGUCUUCUCCCGAACCGAGUAACUACUGGACAGGUAGUCCACGCCCGCUUUCACCGCACCAGUCAUACCAACAACCGCCGUAUGGAGAAGUAAAGCCGUACAUCCAACAACCUCUCAAAUACCAACAGAUGGAGGGUCCAGGUGCUGUUUCAGAGCUUGAAGGAUCUGUGGUACAACACUACCAUGAGUUGGACUCCGGAGCGGGAGCCCAAGUGCCUCAGAGCCCACGUUCCGAGACGAAAUAA